AUGGAAGCAUUGGUCCGGUUGAAGCAAAAACAAAUCACUGAAGCUAUAGCUGCCCUCGACACUGCAGAAUUUAGAACUGAUACUUGGGUGAGAGGCAAUGACGGAGGUGGGGGCCAACUGAUGGUAUUGCAAGACGGUAAGACGUUUGAGAAGGGGGGGGUCAACAUCUCUGUGGUGCACGGUAAAUUGCCCCCUCAGGCUGUUAACAGAAUGAAGGCUGAUCACCGCAAUCUUAAAGGCUCAGAGGAUGGUCUGGUAGACUUUUUUGCUUGUGGGCUUUCGCUUGUCAUACACCCCACAAAUCCGCAUGCUCCAACUACUCAUUUGAACUACCGCUACUUUGAAACGUCUGACCCAAAAACUAAGGAAAUCACCGCUUGGUGGUUCGGUGGUGGAGCUGACUUGACACCCUCAUACUUGUAUGAGGAAGACGCAAAGAAUUUCCAUCUUCAACACAAGCUUGCCUUGGACAAAUACGACACCACUCUUUACCCUGCCUACAAAAAGUGGUGUGACGAGUAUUUCUUCAUCAAGCACCGCGGAGAAACUAGAGGGAUUGGAGGGAUUUUCUUUGACGAUUUCGACACUAAGCCGGCUGAUGAAAUUCUACACAUCAUUGAGCUGUGUUUUGACGCAUUCUUACCGGCGUAUAUACCCCUUGUUGAGAAGCGUAUGAACACUCCCUUCACCGAGGAGCAGAAGCAAUGGCAACAAAUUAGACGUGGUCGUUACGUCGAAUUCAAUCUCGUAUUGGAUCGCGGGACGCAGUUUGGUUUGCAAACACCUGGUUCGCGAGUAGAAUCGAUUCUUAUGUCUUUGCCGGCUACAGCUAGUUGGGUGUAUGACCACCACCCCGAACCAGGUCUGGAAGAAGACAAAUUGGUGCAAGUGUUGAAGUCGCCCGUGAAUUGGGUCUAA